AUGUCUCUCCCUGACGUUGGGAGGAUAGCUUCUGACACAACUUUCUUAUUGAAAGUAAUAGAAGAAUAUCUUGGCGGACCACCAUGGACUCAGGAAUAUUCAAAAAAUGAUGUUAAAGUUUGGUCAAAAGGGUCGAAAAAUGAUCAAAUCAAGACUAUCAAGGCAACUGCCCUUUUCAAGGGAGUUUCAGGAUCUGAGUUAUUUGACUGUAUCAUGGAUUCCGAUUAUCGAAAGGAGUGGGACAAGUCAAUGAUUGAAAGUUACGAACUGUGUCAAGUACACCCUCAAAGUGACAUAGGAUAUUACUCUCUUCGUUCGCCUCCAGGGUUAAAAAACAGGGAUUUCGUUCUUCAGAGAACAUGGGAAAGGUUUGACUCGUAUUAUGUAAUCGCCUGCCACUCUAUAUUUCAUAAGGGAAUUCCUGUUCGAAAACAGUGUAUCCGAGCAUUAACCCAUAUGAAUGCAUAUAUUAUUCGUCUACUUGGUACAAAUUCCUGUGAAAUGACUUAUGUCACCAGCUGUGAUUUUCGUGGUAAACUACCCAUAUGGAAAAAAUCAAAUAAUCCUGAUUAUAAACCAUGGUUAUAUCCUGGUCAAACCAAUCUACCAUUGUUAUGUUGGGAUGAUUUGGAUCAGACAGCCAAUUUAGGACCUACUGAUGACGGUGGUGAUGUUACACCAUUACCAUCUGAUGAACCUGUUCUAUUGGAUAGAAAUGGCAAUUAUAAUAGUCGAGAAGAACAAGGAGAUGUAGAAGAAGUAGUAGAAUUCGAUUCAGUACCUGUAGAGGAUCAAAUACAAUCAUGUGUCACGGCAACUUCCAUUGCUACUGUAUCGGAUUCUAGAUAA